AUGAAGACAGCAGCGUCAGUGCUCCUGGCACUCGCUUGCUGCGCCCAGGUUGCUUCUGCAGCCCGUCUGUUCGGCAGCAGGGAGGAGUUCCGGGCGGAGCAGUCUGCUGGCAGGAGCUUUGCGCAGACCGGCCGCAGCCUGAGCGCCUACGGCGCCUAUGGAUCGGCUAUUCCUCAGUCUUACGGUGCCUACGGACGCCGCCUGGCGAGCCUGGGCAACAUGCGUGGGCUCCAGGCGUAUGGUGCCUAUGGCUCUGCCCUGCCCCAGUCCUACGGCGCCUACGGCCGCCGCCUUGCCGGCUUCUCCCGCCAGCUCUUCGCGUAUGGCGCCUACGGCUCCGCCUUCCCCCAGUCCUAUGGUGCCUACGGCCGCCGCCUGGCCAGCUUCGAGUCCCGCAACCUCCUGGCCUAUGGCGCUUACGGCUCGGCCUUCCCUCAGUCCUAUGGCGCCUACGGCCUGCGCCGCCUCUCCGGCUUUGCCGCCAGCCGCAACCUCCUCGCCUAUGGCGCUUACGGCUCCGCCUUCCCCCAGUCCUACGGCGCCUAUGGCCUGCGCCGCCUGGCCAGCUUCGUCCCCCGCAAUCUCCUCGCCUAUGGCGCUUACGGCUCCGCGUUCCCACAGUCCUACGGCGCAUACGGCCGCCGCCUAUCCAGCUUCAGCGCCACCCGCAACCUCCUUGCUUACGGCGCAUACGGCUCGGCGUUCCCCCAGUCCUAUGGCGCAUACGGCCGCCGCCUGACCUUCUGGGCGGCACCUCGUCAGCUGCAGUCUUACGGUGCCUACGGCUCGGCCCUGCCCCAGUCCUACGGCGCAUACGGCCUGCGGCGGCUGAGCAGCUGGGCGGCACGCCACCUCAGCGCCUAUGGUGCCUACGGCCAAAGCUUCGGCGCUUACGGCGCAUACGGCGUGUAA